AAAAGAGUUAGCUCAGCAGCAGUUCCAAAUCGUGCACCGGCAAUGCAACCGGAAUCUUGUCAGCCACAUCCACAUGAUGUCAUAAGCUGCAAAACGAGUGAAGACCCAAAUGCCUCGCCAUUUGAUUUCUUGGGUGUAUUCUGCGAUAGUGUCAUAGCUGGUGGUGCUGCUGGUGUUGUUGUGGAAGCCGCAUUGUACCCAAUUGACACCAUUAAAACUCGAUUACAGGUUGCUCAUGCUGGAGGAAAGAUUAUGUUGAAGGGCCUAUAUUCCGGGUUGGCUGGAAAUCUUGCCGGUGUUUUACCGGCUUCUGCUAUAUUUGUUGGUGUAUAUGAACCUACGAAGCAGAAAUUGCUGAAGUCACUCCCAGAUAAUCUCAGUGCCUUAGCUCAUCUGACUGCAGGUGCUAUUGGAGGUGCUGCUUCUUCUAUUGUACGAGUGCCAACAGAGGUUAUCAAGCAAAGGAUGCAAACUGCGCAGUUUGCUUCUGCCCCAGAUGCUGUUCGCCUUAUUAUUGCUAAGGAGGGUUUCAAAGGUCUUUACGUGGGGUAUGGAUCAUUUCUAUUGCGAGAUUUACCAUUUGAUGCACUUCAGUUUUGCAUCUAUGAGCAGCUUCAAAUAGGUUUUAAACUAGCGGCACGAAGAGAUCUGAAUGACCCUGAAGUUGCUAUGAUUGGUGCUUUUGCUGGUGCAAUAACUGGUGCUUUAACUACUCCUCUUGAUGUGAUAAAAACGAGAUUAAUGGUUCAGGGAUCUGGAAAUCAGUACCAAGGAAUUUGUGACUGUAUUGGGACCAUAAUAAGAGAAGAAGGAAAUCAUGCUCUUUGGAAGGGCAUUGGGCCACGAGUACUGUGGAUAGGUAUUGGAGGUUCGAUUUUCUUUGGUGUUCUUGAAAGGACGAAGCAAAUACUUGAGCAAAGGCGCAUCAGGGAUCAGGAUUCCAAGCAUUACUGAAGCUAAUUGAUAUGUGUUUUGAUGGUUAGGAUGCACACAGUAGGUGCUAGGCAAAUAUUUUGAACUAGUUUGCUUCAUAAAAUCUAAAAAGAAAGGGUAGAUGUCAGUCUGCUUGAAUGUGUAAACGAGAAACGUAAUCCUAGUUGCCUUGUAAUGGUCUACUUAAGUAUACUCAUAAACUUUAAAUUAGUAUUAUGUAGCUUAUGAUUCACUUAUGAUGA